AUGGCAAAUCAGAAUCCACGCCUUCGCGGUAGGCAGAAUGCUCCACAACGGGUUUAUAGGAGCUCUCAGAUAAGAUAUGCGCCUGGUGCGGGCGGUGACACGGAAAUCAGUUGUUGUGUGAAAUAUUCCGUCUUUGGUUUCAAUGUUAUGUUCUUUCUAAUUGGUUUCGCAUUGCUGCUGAUUGGUGUAUGGGCACAGAUAGAAAAAAAUAACAUAUAUAGUCACUUGAACAAGGCUUCUAAGCUUUACCUUGAUCCGACGUGGUUGCUGCUCGUUGUUGGCCUCGUUACAUUUGUCAUAGGAUUCAGUGGUUGUGUCGGUUCUCUGCGUGAGAAUACUUCAUUUCUAACAUUCUACUCGUCUCUUCUUGGCUUACUUUUGAUAGCGGAGUUCGCCGGAGCUGUAUUUGCAUACGCUUGUCGCGACCAGCUUGAUACCUACAUACGCAACUUACUUAAUGAUGUGGUUGUUGGAUAUCGCGAUGAUCCGGAUCUGCAAGUGCUCAUCGAUACUAUGCAAGAGUCCUGGCACUGUUGCGGCAUAAACGGAGCUGACGAUUGGGAUAGGAAUACAUACUUUUCGAUUGCUGCUCGAGAGGUAGCAUCUCCGGAAGCAGGUGGUGUGCCGUUCUCAUGCUGUCUCAACAGCAGCCAAAUGGCUUUCAAGAACUUCUACUGUGGUCACGGUGUACGGUUGAAGGAACAUGCUCAGAAUUCGCUUAGCACUAUAUAUACGGAUGGUUGUCUGCCGAAAUUACAGCUUUGGUUGAACAAUAAUGUAUUCCUUGUAGGCAUUGUCCUCAUAAUUGUUGCAGUAAUUCAGAUUCUGGGAAUUUGUUUUGCCCAAAAUCUGAAAAGCGACAUAUUUGCACAACGAGCGAAAUGGUACUAUACUCAUUAA